GUAUUCUACUGAUUCUCAUCCCAUAACAUGACAGUCUCGGACCUCUCGCAUGUGGACUGGAGGAGCAGACAAUGGGCAGUAUAUGUACAUGACGUGAUACGUCUCCAUGGUAACCACUGUGUUGUUGAGUGCGGUGUUCUGUAGUGGGGGGUUAUUUUGCCAACUAGGUUAGUCAUGGAGGAUCACAGAGUUCAGACCAGCGACUUUUACCGAACGGACCCGAACCUGCCCCACAGGUUCAACAAUCCGGACUGUUUCCAAGGCUACGGGUAAGUUUAGACUUCGACUUCAGUCUUUAAGAGAUAUCCCACAAGUUGUGUUUUAGUCAUACGGAUAGGUUAAGUUGUCCCGGUUUACUGAGUGUGCCAAUACCAGUGUUCAAAUAUAGUUAUAGAGGAAUAGAAAGAGGUAGAGCGAUGGUCCAAUAACUGGUGCAUUAUUAUUGUUAUUGUAAAUACCCCCUUUCCACCUCCACGCAGCGAAAUGUGUUUUUUGAAACUUAUUAGACGUUUGAUUUGACCUUGUACAAUAUAGUCUGUAGCUACGUAUCAUCGGUUAACUUCGUUAAAGAGUAGAAUACCACUUGUUCUUUUCCGCCUCAGCCAGGUAUUCUAAGCACUUUCAGUUAUUAUAACUUAGGGUGUUUGUCAGUCUGAUACCUCAUUAUCACACAACUUCUCUCAUUUCACAACUUUAUGGAGGAUGAAACAGAUCAAAGUAAACACACAAAAUAUUAACCACGGAGAAAAACACACUAGGACACCAAAUUAAAACAAAGAUGGCAGCCACUCUCUACAACAUCGGCUAGCAACCAAAAAAACAUAUCUAAGUUAAUGCAGAAAUGUGAAGGAUUACCACCAUUUUGGUAGCAAUACACAGUGGUCUGAGGGGCCAUAAACAAACCUCAACCAAAACGCCACUCUGUAGCCACAAAUAGGGUCCUAGCCAUAGCUCUAGCCACCAAACAUCUUUUUAACUUUGCCUAAUUACCUUAGCAAAGAGACUAAACACAACUCACCCACUCUCUUCCAGCAGCCGCUUGUUUGUAGCGAGACCUCAGGCCAAUCCAUUACGGACUGCUGCGGGGUGAUGCAGCACAAGGAAAAACAUUUAUGAUAAUUUAUUUAUCAUUUCCUUUAAGUAAUUAUCAUCAUAUUAAUUAUUUUGCACUGCAGACACUGUAGUUCUUCUGCCUUAGCAUCUUGGUCUGAUUGCAUUUCCAUAAAGAAAUUAUCAUAAAUGUUCUUCCUUGAGCUGCGUCAUCCCGCAGCAGUCCGUAAUGGACUGGCUCAAGGUCUCACUACAAACAAGCGGCUGCUGGAAGAGAGUAGGUGAGUUGUGUUUAGUCUCUUUGCUAAGGUAAUUAGGCAAAGUUAAAAAGAUGUUUGGUGGCUAGUGCUGUGGCUGUGACCCUAUAAGUACUGUUGAUGAAGUUAGGUGCUGUUCUGAGCAUUAUUUGUGGUUAUAGAGUGGCGUUUUGUUCGAGGUUUGUUCGUAGCUCCCCAGACGGAUGUGUAUUGCUAUUGUGCGGUUGUUACUUAAGUUGGUAUAACUAGAGAGGCAGGCGGUUGGCAACAUUCAUCUCUAGAGGGAGUGUCUAACUUGGUGUUACGGUGUGUUUGAGCCUAAAUUAAUUUUACGCCAGAAUAUUCCUUUAAAACGCCCAUGACAACUGUGUCUUACUGUCUAGCGUAAUUGUGUACUGGUGCGCUUUCACUCUGAUGUUUGUGUUUCAGCGAGAAAAAGAGUAAUCCUCUUUAUCGGACAUCCAACCAAACGUAUGGCAGCAAGAAACCAACUGUGCAUGAGAUGCCGGUGAGACACAGAUAGGUGAUGUAGACAGACAGGAUAGCUGGAGCUCAGAACCAAACUGGCAAUAAAAUACAUAUUUAAAGGACCAGUCUGUAAUUCUUAUGUGUCGGUGUGUUUCAGACUCAAUUCAAAGGGACUUCACGUCAGUUUUCUGAGGCGAUGCUGCGGGCUGGAAUGUACCACAAUAACAGUCUUAACAUAGCCCUGGACAAGAGCGCGGCAACGGUUUCCACAGCAAUCCAGAAGAACAGAAACAACCGCCAUUACUUCUUCUACCAUUUAAACCAAAGCAACGGCCAUGAUGGAAACAAGUGAUGACAAAGCUGUUAACAAACACAUGAAAAUAAAUCAUAGUGAUGUUCACAGACGGACAGAUUUAUUUUACCAAACUUGAUGUCAUCUGAUUUUAGGCGACAUUGAAACCUUACAGAGUAGAAUUACUUCACUCUUUGAGCACAAUAAAGAGUCAUUAAUGAAACCAUAA